CGGCUGCAUACUUCAAGAUACCAUUUUACGUUCCCACUCACUCCCACAACCUCCAUUCCCACGUCCCACCACCAAACCAGGCCCUCUCCCCUCCGCAACAAUGUCCCUCUCACCCUGGAUCCCCGAAGGCACCCUCCCCAAAUUCCUCCUCCUGGUCGGCACAGCCGCCUUCUACAACGGCCUGCAAUGCUUUGUGCCCAAGAUGCGCGUCACGGGGAGGAUCUAUAGUUUGCAGCCUGUUCAGGCGACACCGCUGAUGGCCCGCAUGAUGGGUCUCUGGACGCUCACCUCGGGCGUCGUGCGGGUCUACGCGGCCUAUAAUAUCUCCGACCCUGCCAUUUACGCAAUGACAAUGUGGACGUUCGCAUUCGCCCUCUUCUCAUUCACGACCGAGGUGUUUGUGCACAAGACCGCGCCCGUUUCCAGUCCUGGUGUAUGGCCCGCCCUCCUCAUCUCUCCGAUCUCACUAUUCUGGAUGUGGACGCAGUACGGCCAUUACGUCCGAUGAGAGAAAAAAAACCCGACCCUGAUCCGGCAGACGAC